CCACCGCCAAUUGAUCAAUGAUCAACGGAAUCUGAAAACUGUGUUAGUCUGUAACGUCUUAAUUACAAAGAGCUUAUUGAUAACAUAAACACCUGAAGUCGUUUAAAGUUCUGAGUGUAUUAAUCGUUACGAAUAUAAGUGCUUCAGUUGUCAGUGGUGGGCUAAACUAACUUAAUAGGAUCGCGGAUGACUCUUCUAACCUAGCGUCGGCUUUACGAGAUAAUUUGUCAUGUAAAAUACGUCAACUAUUUCAACCUUUAAAAUCAGCAAAAAAAAAAAGAAACAAAAAACGUCCGGCAUCUGCUAUAAAGAGUGGCAGAGUGGAGAGAGUGGAGUUCUAUGAAAGACUGUUUUUAACAUCUCCAUGGAGAGUUCAACAGUUCUGAGAGUGGAAUUCAGAGAAAGCCGAGUUGGCAGUGAAAUGCUAGUAAUUAAUGGUUGUAAGUAUACAGUGAAUAGGCGUUCUGGUGAGACUGUCUACUGGCGCUGUGUCUAUUCAUGGUGUCAUUCUCGGGCUGUCAUAAAGGCAGGACAAUUGCGAUCAGCCAGAGGUGCACAUGUUUGUCCCCAGCCUCAUCAAAAUGAAGCUUUAGCGAAAAUCCAAAAGCUACCAGUGCAACCAAGUAUAGUAUCUGAAAUGUCAGAUAACAUCAUCUUAAAAAACAAAUCCAACUCCCUUGAUGAUGCAGAAGAUUUCGCAAAAAAAAAAAAAGCAAAUGGCAGCUUCUUGGAAUUUGUUGAAGACAAAUCAGUGUUAACCAAAACCGAGGAUCCUGAUGAUCAAUUGUGUGAUGAUGACAUUGCUUGGAAAGAAAGAAUAUUAAAGGGCCUCAAAGUUUAUUCUGAGGCUGAACGACACCGUCGCUUUAAAGUUGCAUAUGACAACCGGAAAGCAUGGUUGAGUAACAAGAAAUAUUUCAAUGAAAAAAUUUCUGGCUGCAUAACAAAAUGGACAAACAGCAAUGCUACUUGGACCCAUAGUAAUGACUGGCCAACAAGAAGCCACUGUAUGAAGCUGACCAAACCUGAGCGUGGAGCCGGAAUGUUUGUUGAACAACCCUUCGUACCCAUCAAGAUUAUCGAGCACGUCAAUCCUCCGCUUCAGGAAAAGAGCCUUAAAGAGGAAAGUGAAUUUUACAAAAUGGAGGAACCCGAAAUAAAAAAGGAAUCAGGGAAAAAGCGCAGCGACAAAGUCAAUAGAAUGCGAAAAGGCAUUGCAAUUGAAAAUCAUGAUGAUUCUCAUGAAAUGGCUGUAGUCAAGAAAGAAGACAUCAAGCGUUUUAGAAGCAAUAGGAAGUGUCCAAUAUGUGGGAAGACAGUACAGUCAGCCAUUGAGAGACACCUGAAUGUUCACUAUGGAAUCAAACCUUACAAGUGUGGUCAUUGUGAUAAGUUGUUUUCGCAGGAGCAUAACUACCGCGCCCACAUUAGAAGUCACAAUUCUGACACUCCAUUCAGCUGCACAAUUUGUCCAAAAAAAUUUGCAUCACACGGUACUCUAAAGAGGCAUAUUAUGAAUCAUUCCGGUGGAAGAACAUUUCCAUGCAAUAUUUGCGGAAAGAUAUUUCGAAAAAGUGAAGCCUUAGGUUUUCAUACUUGCAAGGUUCAGUCCGAGGAAAAAGAUUUCCAGACGCCGGACGUGAUGGUAGGCAGUUACGAUGAAGGAAGAGAAACUCAGCUUCGCAUACCUGGUAAAAUAUCUAGUCCAGUUAAAAGGAAGAAGAAUAUGCCUUGUGAUUUAGAUGCCUUGGAUGAAGGUGAUGAAGAAAAGCUAUCAAAAACAAUCGACUUACGUUUGUUAGAGGAAGCAUUCAGGCAAAGGAUAGAGCAACCGCAACAGAACCAUAGGGAAGAAGUUGAGUCAUCAGUGUCGGCUUCUUGUAAAUUUACGUUGGAUAAGUUGAAGUACGCAGACUUCCUGCAACCUAAAGUUGCACUCUCAAAAUCUUUGAGUGUAACCAUUAUCAAGAUAAUGUCUGAAGCUGAAAUAUCAGCAAAACGCCAAACUCCAGUCUUUAGUAAUCUAUGGUUUCACAGUUAUGCAAAAUCGUUUGAGUCGUGAAAGUUUGCUGCAUACGUGUAUGCAGCGACCAAUUAGUGUUUUUAGUUCAUUCAAUUCUAUAUCCCGAUCCUGCCACCUGCACUUUCUCUUUAGUGCAAAUAUUAGCUCGAUUUAUUUAUGACGGUAUGUUUCACUUGUUUCAGUC